AUGGAAGUGUGGAUGCAUUGGGUUCAGAAGCUUUGUGACUCGCUGGUUAAAGUGGAAGAGGCCCAGUGUCCCUUCCGUGUUUGGACCAAGGCGCUUGAUCCAGUAGGUCUUACUAUUCGGCCAUGUGUCGGUGUACAGCCCUCGCCGUUUGCCGUCAUUGAAAUUCAUCCCCUUUUGCUUCAACAUCGCAUUCAAAAGGUGGUCGACCUCUUGAAGCUUCUGCGACGCAACAAUCCCCAGGGUGCAAAUCUGACCCUUUUCAUUCAAGACUGUAAAGAUCGCUUUGCCACCUUCCAAUCGAUAGUUCUUCAGAGUCUCAAAGGAUCGAAUCCUGAGCGUAUCUGCAUUGGUUUCGGCAAUCUUGAUCUGAUGGUGGAUAUGUUCGAACCACCUCUUGUAUUGGUGGAUAAGCUCCAGCAAUGUUUGGCCUGCUGUAAUAGUCUUCCAUCUUCUCAAGAAAUGCUUCAUUUUUUUGUCUGUAGAUCUUCUUUGUAA